AUGGAAGAUGAGGCGAUCAGCAUAGACAUAAAAGCAAUGAUAGAGAUUAGUGAAGAUGGUCUCUUGUCACCUUUGUGUUGUAUCUACAGGGUGCCCCCAACGAUCCGUCUUCUAAAAGAGGAAGCUUACACUCCUAAGGUUGUUUCCAUUGGUCCUUUCCAUCAUGGUGAUAAGAGGCUGCGAGGUAUGGAGAGGCACAAAGAAAUAAUGUUUAAAAGAUUUGCACAAAGAGCUAAGAUAGGCUUGGACAGUUUGGUUAACUUAGCAAAACAGUCUGAGCCAAUGGUCCGUGCUUCUUAUUUUGAGAGCAUCAACUAUAAUAAGAAGUGUCUUGUGAAACUAGUAUUAGUGGAUUCUGCUUUCAUCAUUGAACUCUUUAUUAUGGGCCAUGAGCCUCAGACAAAAGGCGAUAAAUUAUCACAACCUCGGUUGGCGGAAGAUAUACGUGAUGAUUUGCUUUUACUUGAGAAUCAACUUCCAUUCUCUUUCCUUGAAGCGCUAUACAAUAUGGCCUUUCCUCAUGACCGUAGAGGUGAUCUCCCUUCAUUUCUUGAUCUUACAUAUUCUUACUUUGGUCGUCAUAACGAGCAAGAGUUAGGGCCUAAUCACAAGAUACAGCAUUUCACAGAUCUUCUUAGAUUAUUUUACUUACGGGAAACCCAACUAGAAAGGAAUCCCUCCAACGACAUGCUUAGGUAUAGUGCAAAUGAGUUACAAGAGGCAGGAGUGAAGUUGGAGGUAAGCACAAGCAACAAGUGUUUACUAGACUUGGAAUUUUCAAGACCUGUUCUAAAGAUUCCUCAAAUUCAUGUUGAUGAUAAGACUGAAUUUUUGUUCCGUAAUAUGAUGGCUUUAGAACAGUGUCAUUAUCCGUCUGAAACAUAUUUUUGUGAUUAUAUUGCUGUAUUGGACAACCUAAUUAACACGAAUAAGGAUGUGGAGGUUCUCGCUCAUGAAAAGAUUAUCAACAACUUGCUAGGUGAUGCCAAUGAGGUUGCUGCAUUAAUUAAUGGUCUUGGGAAAAAUAUAACUUGUUACGGUUUCAAUGAAAAAUUGCUUAUCAUUUCCAAAAGUUUGAAUGAGUUUUAUGAAGAUCCUUGGCACAAGAGAAAGGCAACUUUGAGGAAAGAUUACUGUAAGACACCCUGGCAAACAGUGGCUUCUAUUGCUGGAAUCAUACUUCUCAUUCUCACCAUCAUUCAAACCCUAUGUUCCGUCCUCCAAGUAGUAUAA